UGGCUGGUGCCCUCAAAGGAGGACUGUACCCACCAAAGGGAGGCAAGCCAAAGCCUGCCACCACCACCCUGGCUUUCUGUAAUUGGAUCGGCACAGGGGCCCCAGGGAGCCCAUUAUGAAAACACCUAUUUCCAUACACUCCCAGCUAAUAUUCUAAACAAUUUGUGCUCUUGCUAGGGAAGACUUGUGAGGGGCUGAAAUUUUUUUUUUCUGGGUGACACUGAGAAGACAGUCACAUGAUCUGGUGGUUUUCUAGAAGAUGACCAUAGAGGACCUACCAGAUUUUCCAGUAGAAGGAAACCCUUUGUUUGGAAGAUAUCCAUUUUUAUUUUCAGGUUCUGAUACUCCUGUCAUCUUUUCCAUUUCUGCAGCACCAAUGCCUUCAGACUGUGAAUUUUCUUUCUUUGAUCCUAAUGAUGCAUCAUGCCAGGAAAUUCUCUUUGAUCCCAAAACUUCGGUCUCAGAAUUAUUUGCCAUUUUAAGACAGUGGGUUCCUCAGGUACAGCAAAACAUUGACAUUAUUGGAAACGAGAUUCUUAAGAGAGGUUGCAAUGUAAAUGAUAGAGACGGACUGACAGAUAUGACUCUUUUACAUUAUACCUGCAAGUCUGGAGCUCACGGCAUUGGUGAUGUUGAGACAGCUGUAAAAUUUGCAACUCAACUUAUUGAUCUGGGAGCAGACGUUAGUUUGCGGAGUCGCUGGACAAAUAUGAAUGCUUUGCAUUAUGCUGCUUAUUUUGAUGUCCCGGAACUUAUAAGAGUGAUAUUGAAGACAUCAAAACCAAAAGAUGUGGAUGCCACUUGCAGUGACUUUAAUUUUGGAACAGCUCUGCACAUCGCAGCGUACAACUUGUGCGCAGGGGCUGUGAAAUGUCUGCUGGAGCAGGGAGCCAAUCCUGCAUUUAGGAAUGACAAAGGACAGAUCCCUGCCGAUGUUGUCCCAGACCCAGUAGACAUGCCGUUAGAAAUGGCUGAUGCUGCAGCAACUGCCAAAGAAAUCAAGCAGAUGCUACUGGAUGCAGUGCCUCUGUCUUGUAUCUCAAAGGCCAUGCUUUCAAAUUACGAUCAUGUCACUAGCAAGGCAAUGCUGACGUCGCUUGGCCUGAAGUUGGGGGAUCGUGUUGUUAUCGCAGGACAGAAGGUUGGGACAUUAAGAUUUUGUGGAACAACCGAAUUUGCAAGUGGGCAGUGGGCUGGCAUUGAAUUGGAUGAACCAGAAGGAAAAAACAAUGGAAGUGUUGGAAAAGUCCAGUAUUUUAAAUGUGCCCCCAAAUAUGGUAUUUUUGCACCUCUUUCAAAGAUAAGUAAAGCAAAAGAUCGAAGGAAGAAUACACUACACACUCCUUCUACAAAAGCUGCUGUACCACUCAUUAGGUCCCAGAAAAUUGACAUAGCUCAUGUAACAUCAAAAGUAAAUACCGGAUUAAUGACAUCAAAAAAAGAUAGUGCUUCUGAAUCAACACUUUCAUUACCUCCUGGUGAAGAACCGAAAACUGUAACAGAGAAAGAUGUUACCCUGAAUGGAUCUAUCAGCAGCUCCUCUUCUACAUCGUCUUUGGAACACAAACAGAGCUACCCCAAGAAACUGAGUGCAAGCAGCAAUAACAAGAAGACAAUGAGCAAAAGCUCUUCUCUGUCAUCCAGAGCCAGUGCUGGUUUGAAUUCUUCAGCAACAUCUGUAGCAAAUAAUACCCGCUGUGAAGGAGAACUCCACCUUGGAGAUCGUGUGUUGGUGGUAGGCCAGAGAAUUGGUACCAUUAAGUUCUUUGGGACAACAAAUUUUGCUCCAGGAUAUUGGUAUGGUAUAGAGCUUGAAAAACCCCAUGGCAAGAAUGAUGGUUCAGUUGGAGGUGUGCAGUAUUUUAGUUGUUCUCCAAGAUACGGAAUAUUUGCUCCCCCAUCCAGGGUGCAAAGACUAACAGAUUCCCUGGAUACUCUUUCAGAAAUUUCUUCAAAUAAACAGAAUCAUUCUUAUCCUGGUUUUAGGAGAAGUUUCAGCACAACUUCUGCUUCUUCCCAGAAAGAGAUUAACAGAAGAAAUGCUUUUGCCAAAUCCAAAACGGCCUUACGCCGCAGCUGGAGCAGCACUCCCACCGCAGGUGCCACUGAAGGGAGCGUGAAGCUGCACGAGGGGUCCCAGGUCCUGCUCACGAGCUCCAACGAGAUGGGCACUGUUAGGUACGUGGGCCCCACCGACUUUGCCUCAGGUAUCUGGCUUGGACUCGAGCUCCGAAGCGCCAAGGGGAAAAAUGAUGGAGCAGUGGGUGAUAAGCGCUAUUUCACCUGUAAGCCAAACCACGGCGUGUUAGUUAGACCCAGCAGAGUGACCUAUCGGGGAAUUAAUGGGUCAAAGCUUGUGGAUGAGAAUUGUUGAGUUAAACUUCUAAAAUACUGAAUGAGCUUGAAUACGUACACACACACACACACACACACACACACACACACACACACGGAGUAAGUAAAGAGUCCAUGGCAAAUGGUUUAUUUAGCCAUUAUUUAAAAUUUGAAAAUAUAGUUAUCUUCAUAAAAACCAUUACAACAAUUCAGAGGGAGUCCUUUCAAAAGCCACAAGUAUGAACUCUGCGAAAUCAUAGUUCUUUUAAAACAAUUUUAAAAUAAGUACUUUUUAAAGCUUUAGGUCCCAAGAAAAUUCUGGGACUCAGGAAAAAAUGUGCCAUUAGGUGACCAUCUACGGCAUUACUUAGCUUAUUUUGCUUCACUUUUGCUCUUAAUAUUGGAUUUCUCUUAGUGCCAUGAUUGUGAGGGCUUUCACUAGCUUUGGUUAACAUAAAUGUUCACAUUACCUUUACUGUCAGGCAGUUCUGGAGUUUUUCUUUCUGUGCUUUAUUACUAAUAAGUACAAUAAGAAUAAUAGCUAAAUGACUAGUGUAUUUUUUAUAUUUUUUUGGUAAAAUUUUUGUUCUUUCAGAAAUGCCUCAUUUAAAGACAUGUUAGAACUUUGGAGCCAGAAGGGGCCUCAGGGACCCUCUAGCUCUGCCUGUCACCCAUUGCCAAUACUGAGAUGGAAGCCUGUCCUACCCAGGCUCACUAACUAGCUGGUUAACAGAGCUAAGGAUAGAACGUGGGUCUCCAGACUUGUGGCUCAGUGCUCUUUCCUCUGUACGAAGUGUGUAAUCUCAGAUUUUUCUUCUGCUGCUGCUCCAUGAUUUAAGGUUUAUGAAUUCAAGUCAUAAUUAGAAUUUUUUGCACAAAGUUAUUUAACUUCCUUAUUGAGAAUAUUUGUAACACACACAAAGCACUUUUAAAACAUGAUGCACUUUUUAUAUUUGUGGAGAAUUUGUCAUCCUUUCCUCCUGUGAUAUGAAAAACAUUUUAAAAAAUGUAUUUAACAGACGAGAGCAAAUUGAGAUGUGCUAGGAAGGAUAUAUUUGUUAUUCAUUUAAAUGUUUAUGAUUUCUGGACUUUUUUGGUUUUAUUACUCAUGAAACUGGUUGUGUGUUUGCUAUGGUGGUGGUUCUACUUCCAAUUGUCGUAGAGUUCAGCCUGUUGUAAAGCUAUGGGACUAUAUUAUGUUUUUAUUUUUCUUCUUGAGCACAUGUUAAACUAAGCUUCAUAUUAGAGUGAUAUAAUAAUGUAAAACAUUUGUAUUGUGGAUAUGUAUUGAAGUUUUGUCCUGUAUGUGUAAAGAUUUAUCUUUUAUUGUAAAUACUUAGACUUUAAACUACCACAGAAAUAUUGGAGCAGUUUGCUUUAUAAGAUUAAAAGUAUCCUUCAGAAUGGAGCUCACUUUGUGCUUAGAAAUAAUACGUUGAACUAUUUUGCAAUAUACUAUUUUAAAUCUAAAUUCUGUCACUUUGCUGCCUUUUUAAAAUAGUGUGGUAUUUCAAAUAUUGGUAGAGCUAUUUUCCUGAAAUACAUUUGCAAAUUAAGGCUGCUAUAUAUUAUUUUUAUUGAUUGAAGAAAAUGACUGUACUGCAAUUCAAAAGUAAACUUAUUUUAUUAUACAGAUUAUUUCUUUAAAACUCUAUUUAUACUUUGACCUUAAUGAAAUCCAUUAUGGCACCAAACUUGGGUAUCCAUAAUUUUUUGCUGUUAAAUACAGAACACUUUAAGUUCGAAACAGUAAUGCUGAUACUGAAUUUAUUUUUGAAGUCAAAGAAUCAAUUGCUCUCUUCGUAUUUAGGUUAGGAUUAUUAAAUCCACAUAACGUGUAUGUUUAUAUACACAUACAAAUUAGGUGUUUUCGUUUGUGUUUCGCUUAUUAAAUGUCAUUUAAAGUUCACUUCUUGAGCAUUAAUAAAAAGGGAAGCUGUUUGGUUUUGGAA